AUGAUUAAAAAGAGAUACUUUCUUCAGGAGCCUGAGGUGAAGGAGUACCUGGUCAAAGGGGAGAGGUUCAUCAAGUGGAGUGAUGACUCGACACACACAGCACCUGUAACUCUGAAGAUGGACUCAAAGGGUUUCUACCUCUACUGGACUAAUCAGAGCAAGGAAACUGAGUUUCUGGAUGUGGCAACUAUCAGGGACACAAGAUCAGGGAAAUAUGCCAAACUACCAAAACACCCUAAGGUUCGGAAUGUCCUGAACAUGGACUUUCCUGACAGCAAUCACCUGGCCAAAACCAUGACUGUUGUCUCAGGCCCUGACAUGGUCAACUUGACAUAUCACAACUUUUUUGCCAACAAAGAGAAAGUAGUGCAAAACUGGGAGGCUGACAUCUUGGCCAUGGCCUAUAACCCACACAGAGCUAACGCCUGCAGACAGGUCUUCCUGGAUAAAAUAUAUGUCCGACUUACUCUGCAGACCAACAAAGAUGGCAAGAUUCCUGUCAAAAACUUCUAUAAGAUGUUCCGAGCUGAUAAGAAGAGGGUUGACAGCGCAUUAUCUGCAUCUGGCUUACCCAAAGGAAAAUUUGACAGUGUCAAGCUGGAGGUCUUCACAGAGGAAAAGUACAAGGAGUUUCUCAGUAAUUUAUGUCCACGACCAGAGAUUUAUGAAAUCUUCACGUCAUACAGCACCAAGCCCAUCAUGUCAAAAGAGGUCCUGACCAAGUUCCUGAAUGAGAAGCAGCGUGACUCUCGACUCAACGAGGAGCUGUACCCUCCCCUGAGGCCGGACCAGGUUAAAGCCCUCAUGGAGAAGUACGAGCCCAUGUCCACCAACAUCAACAGGGGCCAGAUAACUCCAGAGGGCCUUCUGAACUAUCUGAUUGGGCCUGAGACAUCUGUGGUGGUCCAGGACAAACUGGCCCAGAGCCACGACAUGAAGCAGCCGCUCAACCACUACUUCAUCAAGUCCUCACACAACACCUACCUCACAGCGGGCCAGUUCUCUGGCGUGUCGUCCCCUGAGAUGUACCGCCAGUGUCUGCUGGCUGGCUGCCGCUGCCUGGAGCUAGACUGUUGGAAGGGCAAGCCGCCCGAUGAGGAGCCAAUCAUCACCCACGGCUUCACCAUGACAACCGAGAUCCUCUUCAAGGAUGUGAUCGAGGCCAUUGCAGAAAGCGCUUUCAAAACCUCCCAGUACCCCGUUAUCCUGUCCUUUGAGAACCAUGUCGACUCGGUGAAGCAACAGGAGAAAAUGGCAAACUACUGCAGGACAAUAUUUGGAGAUGCUCUGCUGACCGACCCACUGGAUAAAUACCCACUGAAGCCGGGUCUUCCCAUCCCACCCCCCUCUGAGCUCAUGGGAAAGAUCCUCAUCAAGAACAAGAAGGGGAACACUGCCACCACCACACCCAACGCAAUGAAAACACCAGCCCCAGAGCAGGCCAGCAAAUCGGCAGAAACUCCCCCUGUUUCUGCGCCCGAGCCGGCCACUGAUCCUGCCCCAGAGACAGCGGAUGAGGAGGAGCAGGAGCAGCAGGAUGAGCAAGACGAGGAGAAGAUGAAGAACUCAGAUGAGGGAACAGCUGGACAGGAAGUGACAGCAUACGAGGCAAUGUCAUCAAUAGUUAACUACAUACAGCCUUGUAAAUUUAUCUCCUUAGAAGCUUCCAGAAGGAAAAAUAAGAGCUAUAACAUCUCUUCAUUUGUGGAAACCAAAGGAGAGAGUCUCAUUGCCAAAUCAGCGGUGGAGUUUGUAGAAUACAACAAGAGGCAGAUGAGUAGGAUCUACCCUAAAGGCACCAGAAUGGACUCCUCCAACUACAACCCUCAGCCCUUCUGGAAUGCAGGCUGUCAGAUGGUAGCGCUGAACUACCAGACCAUGGAUUUUCCUAUGCAGCUGAACAUGAGUCUAUUUGAGUUCAAUGGAAGAACUGGCUACCUCCUCAAGCAUGACCUAUUGCGGAGGAACGACAAAACGUUUGACCCGUACUGUGAUAGGCUUGACACCAUUGUGGCCAAUACACUGAGCAUCAAAAUCUACUCAGGUCAGUUCUUGUCUGAGAAGAGUGUGAAGACUGGGGUGGAAGUUGAGAUCAUAGGGUUACCAGGAGACCAGAAGCGCAAGUUCCGCACCAAGUGGUGUGUGACUCCCAACUCAAUUAACCCUGUAUGGACUGAUGAGCCGUUUGUCUUUGAGAAGAUCUCGUUUCCUGAGAUGGCUUCACUGAGGAUCGUGGCUUAUGAGGAGGGAGGGAAGUUCCUAGGACACAGGAUCAUCCCAGUCGAUGCCAUCCAAUCAGGAUAUCACCACAUUGGGUUACGGAGUGAGAGCAACCUCCCCCUCACCCUUCCCUCCCUUUUCGUGUACAUCGAGGUGAAGGACUACAUCCCUGCAGCUUUCGCUGAUUUCACGGACGCUUUAUUCAACCCAGUGAAGCAUUCAGACAAGCCAUCAAAGACACAGGAGUCAUCAGCAUAUCUCUGCCCCUAUGAGCUCCCCAUGGCUACUACACCUGAGGUAGCUAAAGCUCCACCACCGUCUACUCUACCUGUGGCAGAUGUUGAAGUCAGUAAGGAUCCAGAAGAGGGCGCUAUCCUUCCUCCACCACCUGAGGAAUCUCCUGUAGCUGAUGCUGAUGCUACAACUGCUGCCGCCGCCGUUGAAUCCCCCUCAUCCCUGAUCACGGAGGAGAGAAGCCCCACUCCACCUCCAGAGCCCACUACAGAGCCAGUGACACCCCUCAUCUCCCCCCCUGACCCCCCCAUUCUCAACGGGCCAGCUUUAGACUCCAUCGACAUUGCCCCCACCCCGACACCCCCUGAACCAGAGGCAAACAUUGUGCCAGUCCCAGAGCUACCAUCCCCUGAUCCAGACAUGGAGACUUCAGAUGAGCCACCUGCCUCUGAAGCUCCCGCUGCUGAGCCUCUGUCUACUGGGAGUGAGGGGGAGGACAGGGCUGGUGACCCCCCCUCUGAGCCUGCCCCUGGAGCUGAAGCAGCCGCUGGUGAAGUGGCCUCAGCCACAUUAGUUACCAACUCAUCCAUCGACUUAACAGAACCCUCCACUGUGUCCUCUGAGGAGCUACUCCAGCACAAGAGCUUCCUGAAGGUCACCAAGAGGCAGGAGAAGGAGCUGAAGGAGCUUGAGCGAAAGUUCCAGAAGAAAGGCGAGGAGCUGACACAGAAAUACAGUGACCAGUUCAAGUCCCUCAAGAAGAAGACCUCCCUGAAGAAGAAAGUGGCUGGAAGUGAACAGGCGAGUGGAGAACCUCAGAUGGAGCGUGUGCUUGAUCUGAAGGAGAAGAUGCAGCUGGAGCUCAGGGCACAGUGGACUGAGCAGUAUCACUCCACCAGGAAGAAGAAGGAGCAGCAUGCUACCGAGUGCCUGACCAAGCUGCUGGAGAUGGCCACUGAGAGACACUCCAGCGAACUCAAAGCUUUACACAGUGAGAACAAAGAGAUGAGGAAGAAAACAGACUCCAAGCGAUCAGGAACAGACAAGUGCAGACUGAAGAAGAGCAAGAGUGUUGAGCUGCUUGAUGAAGAUGUCCCUGACAAUAAAGAGGCUGAAGACUGUGUGAACGCCCAGGAAGAGGCUCUGAGGAAGAACCAGGCUGCCACUCUGGAGACAUUCAGAAGCUUUGUUGGCAAGCUGGUCCGAGAGGCCCUGGACGAGCAUGGGGAGAAGAUGCGGACGCUGCCGUGUGACGUGAAGGUGGCGGUGAACACCUGCAUAGGGGCACACUUCCCCGAGCAGGUGGAGCAGCUCGCUGACAACAAGCCGGAGAAGGUGGGCCAGUAUGGACACGUCUUCCUGGGGUGAACGCAUCCCCUUAGCCUCCGCACCGCAACACACAUGCAAUCAUCUCUCUCAUAUUACCAAACUUAUUUAGAAUGUUUAUUUUUAAGUGAUUGCGUGGAUUUUAGUUUACUUUAGUUGAUUGUGUGGAUUUUAGUUUACUUUAGCUGAUAUGUGGUAUGUAAUCCUCAUGAUAUAUCAUACCUCUAGAGUACAGUGGUAGAGUGCAGUGCAUAGAGCUAUAUUUUACAUCUGCCAGUGGAGCAAAAGAUGUUAAAAGGUGUGAGCCAUUGUCACCUACAGUACAGUACAUUUCAAACCUAAAUAGUGAAAGGAUUCCUUUUAUGAUUGAGAGGGUGAUGUGGGGGUUGAGGGGGGCUAAUGGAGCAAUAUGUUUUUAAUGGAAGCUCAGGC